AUGAAGUUAAUGAAAGUUCUAUUGGCUUGUAUAAUACUUUGCUCAUAUGGGGUAUAUGCCAACACUCACAGUUUUAGUGCAGGAGCAAACUUAACCGAUUUUAGGCAUAUGCGUAAAAAAAGGAGCUUGAUAUUCAAUGGCAGUGGGCAAAUCAAGUUAGCCAUCGGACAAUCGGGACAAGUGCGCUUAGCCGAUCCGAUCACGUGGCGUUCACUUGUUUGCUCAUACACCCUACAGGGUGGCCAUUACUCAAUUCCCACUACGCCACUCUAUCCGUGGGACAAGUGGGAGGACACUUUUGCGCGAAAAACCAGGCGUUUACAUGAUAAUCCACCUGGAUUUGGUAAUUUCAGUUAUGAGACAGACGAUUCACGCCUGUUUGUAUACACUGUGCUGGAAACUUUAAUGAGUCAGCGUGGAUUAAACGGUCAUCAGUGUUUGUUGCGUUCCAUAUGCCAAAAUGCGCAAGUAGAUCAACAUGUGGGCGUAUUGUCGGAGGUGUUGGAUGUGGUGUUGACGCCCGGGCUAGAGGAUUUGGAUGAAAGCUAUCGCAUGGCGCGCGAAGCCGGUGCUGGUGGUGCAGAUUGUUUGAAACUCUAUGCCAAAUGCCCGGAAGGCGUCAGUUUAUUCGAUAGCUAUUUAGAUUAUAUCUGA